AUGGAAAAAUUAAAAAAGACGCCUCAACUUUCAAAUGCCAGUCCUGGAGCAUAUACCAAGAAUGGUGAUGAAAAUUUCCAGAGGAAAACUACCAAACCUGUCGACCAUUGGGCUUUUUUGGAUGAAAUCGAAGCGCCCACAUGGGUUGAUCUUGUUCUGGAAUGUGACUCAAAGUACCAGGACAAGGAUGAUGAGUGGUUUCACACGAGCCACCAGUUCCAUCAGUAUUCUUCCCGAGAGUUGAUUUCUGUAUUUUCUCAUUCUGGCGAGCGUUGUGCAAACUCAGACUUUGGCUUGCAGGGACCAUGUUCUCCAAAGCUUCCACCAUCAGUCUCAAGAUCAAGAGGUACUCAUUGCAAGAGCAUGGAAUUGGGACAGGGAAAGUGCAAGAUCACAUCAAAUAAGAUUCAUCUGGUUAAAAAUUUACGCAGCAAAUCUUCAUCUAUGAAUUCAAGAUCUGAUAAUGCUAUCAAAGGUAAACCGUCAGAUGGAAAACUAAAAGGGCACGUGAAUUCGAUGUCCAAUUUAGUUGGUGAAAGCUGCUUAACUGAAACUUCCGAACGAGCUGAUCGAGAACCAGUGACUGGUUUCUGUUAUCAAGAAACAUGUUCAAAGUCUUCAGCUUUUAGUCGAGGUGAAAACAAUUCAAUGAGCACUAUUACAUCUGAAUCUACGGAACAGCAAUCUAUGGAGGUAUGCAGCCAAAUAUUUGGCAACUCUAGUGGGUUAUUAUCAUCUCUUAGGGUGAGUCUUAGGAAAAGUUGUGUUACAAGACGAGCAUUAAGGGUGGAGGUUAAGAAUCAGAUGCAAUCAGAAGGUCAAACAUCUUCUUCAAGUAAAUCCAGUGUUGGGUCCUCUUCAAAUCCUAGUUCUGAUAGGAAGAACCUGACAGUAAGACAGAACAAAGAAAAGACGCCAGAUAGUCAAAAUGUUAUGAGAAUGUCUCAAGCUCCAACUUACAAACUGAAUAGAUCAUAUGUAUCCAGGGCACCAUACAUUCAAGCUCGGGAUAUGAUUUGUAAGUCUAACCGGGACAUCAAACAGGAAGCUACAAAAGCAAAGGUUUUGGUUCCUCAUUUAGUCAAUGAACGAGCUCCUCUAUCUAUGGCUAAAAUAUCUAAAAAGUCAGUACGAGCUGAUCAUUGCGAUAAAACUAAUGGUGGUGGUAAAGAGAAUGUGACUGGAAGUCUACGUUUGGGUAUGAAAUCAAGCAGAAGAGAGAACAGAGCUGAACGUGCCAUGCCAGAUCAAAAAGUAAUGACAACGAGACAACAACAGAAAAGUGAUGGAAAAAACUUGGUUGGCCUGAAGGAAAAGAGCAAUGAUCCACGUAAAGUGAAAAAAUCUGCAAAUAUGGUUAAGAAGGCUUAUUUCCGCUAG